AUGGAGAAAAUUGUUUCUAGAAUCGAAGAAAGAUGGUUGUUCUUCGAAGUAGUGGCCAUGCUCCAAGCUAUAAUUUAUGCACAAUUGAAAUUCACCAAGGAGGGCAAUUUAAAAAGAGCAAAUCCCAUAUUGUUAGAGAGUCAAGCCUCUGCAUCUAUACUCGCAAAUUCAGAACAUUUUUACUCUCUAAAUGAGUUUGUAGAUGUUAUUACUGGGUUUGAAAGUUUUAAUCUAGCAGAGGAAGAUGAUGAAGAGGCUCAUGUAGAAAUCAUUAAUGGUGAUGCCGAUGAUGAAUAUGAAGAUGAGGUUGUUGAGGAUGGUUUUGGGGAUGAGGAAGAUGAGGAAGAGGAUGAAGAUGCAGAAGAAGAGGCAGAAGAGAACUUUAAGUUUAUAGAUUUCGACUAUGAGCAAACUAAAGAAGAAGUGGACAAAGGAGUGGAUGAAGAUAAUAGUUGGUUUGAUAGACAUGUAGUGGAUGAAAAUGUUGAAGAAGCACAUGUGAAACCAGGUGAUGUUCCUAGUGAUGAGUACAAUUUAGCAAAUCUUAUAAGCCUUUCAGAAGAGGAACAAGAUGAAGAUGGAGUUGUGAGAAAGGUGAGGUGUAGAAGAAAAGCUCCUAGGUUCAAGCAGUUUAGAGAUUUGAUUAAUCCAAUGUUUGAGUUGGGCAUAGAGUUUCCUUCUUUGGAACAAUGUAGGGAGGCAAUCAGGUAUUAUGUAGUUACAAGUGCUAGGCCACUAAAAUGGGUUAGGAAUGAUCCACAUAGGGUUAGGGUGACGUGUUCAGCUGGUGAAAAUGUUGUACAGAAGGGUGAACAAGUUGGAAAUGGAGGAAAUGGUGAACAAAUUAGAAAUUGUGAAAAUGGUGAAGAUAGUGGAAAUGGUGAAAAUGAUGAAGGACAAAUAGUCAAGUGUGAUUGGUUACUAUAUACUUCUCAUGUGGGCAAAUGGACUACUACAACGACUAAGACUUAUCACCCUAAGCAUGUAAUAACCCGAACCUAA